AUGGCCACUCUGCUCAACAAGCCCGACUCCGCCCCUCCUCCUCCUCCCCUGCGCCAGAUCCGCUUCGUCAACAACCAAGGCCAGCCCCCCUCGAAGCGCCGCAGAAUCAAUGCAGCAUGCUUGACCUGCCGCCGACGAAAGACGAGAUGUGCUGGCGAGAGGCCCAUCUGCUCCACCUGCACCAAGAACGGCCACCAGUGCCUGGGAUACCCCGAGGAUGCCAGGAAAGACGGCGCCGACCCGCCCGAGCCCAACAAGCAAGCCGAUGAAGAGGAUGGCCCCUUGAUCGAUGACAGCGCCGAUGACCAGGACAAGAACCCCAUCCCCCCCGAACCUCGUCCGCCCGCCUCGACGGCCCGCGCCCCGGCCUCGCAGCCCCCGCCCGGCCCUCCUCGGCCCCUCGACUCCGAACAGGAUGCCGACGCCGCCAAGGCCUCGCCGCCGCCCUCGCGCCAUCGCUCUCUCCCCUCGGCCAACACCGACGACACCCCCACCUCGCCCACCCUCCGCCGAAAUCACAACCACCGCAUCCCCUACUUUCGCUAUUUUGGCCCCACCGCCAUCGUCCCCGGCUUCAAGCAAAUGGUCGUCUCCGUCCGCGACAGGCGCCGCUCCACCGGUGGCUCGCAGUCCGGCGCCUCUCCCCUCUCCACCCCGAGCGGCGUCCGGGGAAGCAGUUGCGCCGCCGGCAGCGACGUCGCCGUCGAGGACUUGCCCGCCUACGACCCCAGCAGCCCCGCCCCGGUCCACCCCCUCAUCAUCGGCCUCGUCAAGACCUUCUUCCUCCACCUCGGAUGCAACUACCCCUUCUUGAAGCAGCCCAAGUUCCUGCGCCUCGUCAUGGAAAAGCGCGUCGAGCCCAUCCUCGUCGACGCCAUCUGCGCCCUCGCCGCCCGCUUCUCCGACGCACCCGUCCUGACGGGCGGCAACGACAAGAUGCCCAAGACCGAGCGCGGCCAAGUCUUUGCCCUGAGAGCAAAGCACGCCACCGUCGACACCUUCCCCUGCCCCUCGGUCGGCGCCGUUCAGGCCUGUCUCCUCAUGGCCUACGAGGGCUUCGGCGCAAACCAGGACAGCGCCCUGUGGAUGUACCUGGGCCUAGCCAUCCGCAUGGCCGUCGACCUCGGCCUCCAGAAACGAGUCGGUAUCCAGUACCAGGGCGAAAAGGACCCCUGGUACAUGCGGCACCGCAGUCGCGUCAACGGCGAGUCGGAGAGUCCAGAGGAGAAGAAGCACGACGAGGUGGACACGCUGACCCCGGACGAGCAGCGGGAGGUUGAGCAGGAGCGCAUCGAUACCUUCUGGGCCGUCUUCAUCCUCGACCGCGUCAUCUCCUCGGGAACCGGCCGCCCCGUCACCUUUCGCGAGGACGACUUUGAGCUGCCCUUCCCCGAGCCCUCCAUCGACCCGGCCACGGGCUGGCCCGCCCUGUUUCCCAUCUUCCUCGAGAUCAUCCACCUCUACGGCCGAGUGUCGGACGUCCUCAACAACAUCCAUGGCAUCCAGGACCUGACCCAGGAGAAGUGGAGCAAGCUCUCCAAGAUGGAGCAAUACCUGACGAGGCUGUACAAGAACUGGGACGCCCGGCUGCAGUUCAACGUCAGCAACUUCAAGGCCUACCUCAGUGUCGGGCAGGGCACGACGUUUAUCCUGCUGCACUUUUGGUUCCACGCCCUCUUCAUCGUCCUCCACCAGCCCACGCUCUUGACCCCGUUCGGCGAGCUGCGGAGCGAGCUGCAGCUUCUCUCGGACAGCCGGGAGCUCAGCAUGAGCAGCGCCAAGACCAUCUGCGACAUCCUGGCCUUUGCGGACCUCAUCGACCCCAAGAGCUUCAUCGGGAACCCCUUCACCAGCCAGCCCAUUUACAUCGCGGCCUGUGCUUUCCUCAUGGAGUCGAGCGCCAACGCCUCGGCCGGCCCAUCGAGAGAGGGAUCUCCGCCGCACUCUGGGGCCCCUUCGAGCCGUAACAAGGACCGCGCCAAGGUCGCCGCUGCGGGCUCCUCGAAGCCCUCGCGGCACUCGCUCCUUGCCUCGGCCGCCAACCAAAACUACCAACGCUGCUACAACUCCCUGCAGCAGCUACACACGUAUUGGGGCGGCGUCAAGUAUAUCCUGACCGCCCUCGACCAAAAGUCAAAGGGCAUCUGGGACUGCGAGACGUACACGUCGGAGGAGUACGAGAGCACAAAGGCGCCUCCAUCGCGGGCAGGCAUCGGCGGGGAGCACAACCAUGCGUCUCCCAAGAUGGGGGGCCCACCGCCCAUCGCGUGGAGCUUGGCUGGGACGGCCAACUCGCCAAACUCCAACCUCACGCUCAUGUACCAGAAUUGGAACGCCAACAUGAUGCCGCCGGCGCAGCAGCAGCCGCCCAUGGCGGGCGUGGCCGCGCAGGCCAGCACCCCGCCCGGCAACAUGGUUUACGACCCAAUCAGGCAGAGCCUCCCCGCAGAGGCCGGGGCCAUGUACCCCCCCGCGAUUCCCCAGGCCAACACGUCGGCGGCGCGCCACUCGCCUCGGUUCGCCAAGCCUCGCAGGCUGUCGGCCAUUGCGGGCAGGCCCGCCUCCGGACAGUUGACGUCGAGCUACGACGGCAUGUCGGACGAGGGCGAGGGGCCCAAACUAUUUGCCCCCCCGGGCUACACCCCUUCCAGCCAGCAUUCCAGCGGGGGCCUCGAACCAUAUAACGCGUCCCCCGUGGGCAAAAUGGCGGAUGCCCAUGCCGCCAGCCGCGGCGUGGCCAACACCAACACCGGCGGCCCGAGCGGCGUCCCGCAGAACGUCUACUACGUCCAGGGCGCGCCAUACCCCGCGCCGUGGGGCGUCGGAAUGGGCAACAUGGAUGCCAUCACCUUUGACAGCCAGGACAUUGACAUUGGAGCUCUCGGACUGCAGCAGCAAGAGCUGAUGAGUGGAUGGCUUGAUUACAUACCAAACGACGUAUUGAAUAUGCUGGAGAACCACGAGAUGGGCCACGCAGCGCAAGGCGGGUCAAGGCCUCACUGA